UCAAAACAAAUUGUCACCAUUCACCCAGAGCAGGUGCGAAUCCUGUUUUUAAUUUCUACUUUAAAACAUUUUUUCCAGUGAAUUUUAAUUACUUCAUCAGUUUUGCCAGCUUUCCUAAAUGGAAGAAGCCAAAAUCGGAACAACACAGCGGCCGGAGCCCAUCGAAAGAGACGGCGGUGUCACCGACUCGACAGAUUUACUAGCCGCACGUCGCGAAGCCCGGCGUAAGCGGAUCCUAGAAAACUCCAACAACCGAUUGACCAAAAUCACCGGCCGCGAGCACGAUGAACCUCCGUCGGAGGAUUUCACAGUUAAACCGCCGGAUGUCAUCUAUCCGGAUCCGGAGUUAGAGCGUGACGUCUUCGAACGGACAGAGCCACUUUUAGCUAAUAUUAAUCCAAAUAAUGAAGACAUUUUUGCACUGCUUAACACCCUUAGUCAGGCACAGGGAAAUGGUGCGAUUCCAGAAGGAGGUGGAUUGGGAAUUCUAGGUGGCGGAGGAGCCAAUCCCUUUGGGUCCAAUAGUCAAACGACAGCGCCCGUACCUGCGACGCGGCUCGUUAGGUUCUUGCGCACCAAAAUUCACAUCGCACUGAUGGCCACCGUGGUGUACCUAUUGUUUGCUACCGGUCGGCAGGAUUUGAUUGGUGGCAACGUUUUCAUUUUGCUGCUAGGUUGGGAAAUGAUCGAAGUUUUCCUAUUAAGAACCUAUGAGCAAAAAGGGUCAAUGUUGAACAUUCUCUUUAUGUUGGGAGGAAUUUCCCAGCAGUACUCGCAGAUGAUCAUCAAAUUUACCCAAACGGUUAGCAAGAUCAUGAAGGAUGUUGCCAUUUUUGUGUUCUUUUUUGUGCUAACUCACCUGAUCUGGAGUUGGUUGGUGCUCGGGAUUGAAUUCCGGUAUAUUCUAGGCUACGAACAACUGGAGCAACCCACAUUGUAAGACAAUCUAGGACCGAUACUGUAAACAUAAACCAAAUCAACCAUUCGAGAAAAAACCGCUUCAUGAGUUCAAAUUCAUGGAGUCUUCAAAGGGAAUGGGAAGAUUCUUCACAAAUGACAUAUUGGAGGGUCAACGUGCUGGAUGACAAUCCCCUUCUUUAUUGUUCUCUUGGCGCGAUGAUGUGGGAGUUUAAAAUACAAAAAGCAACUUUAUGACAAUUUUGGGUUUCCUUUUUUAAUUUGCCAACGUAAUAAAUGUCGUAUCUACCCAAACGUCUUUAAAAGU